AUGGCCGAUUGCCCCAGUGGAAGCUGCAGGGUACGAGUUCUCACCCGAGAACAAAAACGCCAGGAGUUCGCAUACGACCCCGCGGGUCCCCAGGAAACCUGGCAAGACUUCAAGUGGAGAAUACUCAACUUCACUCAGGAAUACAUUGAGCAUAAUUGGGACCUUCCAUUUGUUGAAGAGGGAUUGCACGACCUAUGGGACGAGCUCAUCCACGUAGCAAAAAGACACCCUGCUGACAGCGCUGAACAUGACCGACUUAUUACAUUGAUCCUAGAGGUUCGAGAGUGGGGGACCGUCACGCGCAAGAAAAAAGGCGCCUCUGCCGAUGAGGAGCCGGAACAGGUGAUCUUGCCCAAUGGACAGCGUUUGUGGGUUGAUAUCCCUUACCUUGUUCAGGAGUUUCAGGAUGCUUGGAUGAAGGAGUCCAUGGGAUAUACGGCAGCGCAGCGGGAGGGUCUGGCAGCGCUUACGGCUAGACUGUGUGCUGUUGGAGUUUAUCCUUCUGAGCUUAGUUGUUGUGCACUGUGGUUGUUCAAGGAGACAUUUGAAACGGAGAGGCCCUUGAUCCGGGUCGAGGGAGAGGGGAAUGCAACCAAUGCUUGUGUCCCCGUUGUUGAGCUUCUGCCCGCAUGUCAUGCGUGGUUGAAGUACAACAGCUUCAAGCUUGCGAUGUUCACAGCGACAAACCAUGACUACCCUCCUCCGUCUACGGGUGAUAGCGUCCAAGCUUCAACUGCACCGGGAGACCUUGUCCCCAAAUCCGAGUUUCCGUGCAGCGGCUUCAGCAUUCCCAGAUGGGUGUUCUGGAGGAGACGCUACAAACACUUUCAUCAUUGUGGAAACGAACAGAUCGCCAAGCUAGCCCGGGCUUGCUUUGAAGAGGCGAUGUUCAGAGGGACGAGGAUAGGUAUUGAGCUCCCUGGCGAGAAAUAUUUCUAA